UUUGCUAGAGCAGUACAGAAGGAUCUAUGAGCUUGCAUGUUUGAAGGAAGCCAGAUGCCCAGGAUGAGACAGAUGUCCAGAAAGAACUUCUGAACCCUGGACCAGAGGGACACAAAAGAGCAUGUGCACAAGCAAUGGCUCUAGAAGGACAGAAUCAAGAUAACGACAAAGAACUGCGGUGGUUCCAGGUUAAGGUCUGGUCUGUUGCUAUGACAUCCAUCUCACUGCUCACUGCCUGUUUCCUUGUGAGUUCUUUGGUGACUCACAAUAGUUCCAUGUACAGCAAAAUUGGCAAGAGGCUAUCUAAAUUAACAGAGUGUCGAAAAUAUCAUUCAAGUCUGACCUGCACCAUCAAAGGAAAGGAGGAAGAAG